AUGAAUAGCGUCAUCACUCAAGUUGAAGAGAACAGGUCUGAUAGCCAUCUGUCCAGUGAAGCACAGCAGUUUGACGAUGACUAUAACACUGAGAUCCGGCUCAACAUACGCGGAACUAGCGCAACCAUUACCAGAGAUGAACUGAUGGCACUACCAGAAAGCAUUCUACUGUGUUUGUUUCCCAACGGAGUGUUUGUAGAUAUCGAAGGAAAUGUCAUCACAAACCUUACAGAGGAGGAUGUUGUGUACGUAAAUUUCUCACCAGAGUGCUUCAACUAUAUAGUGGAUACUUUCAACGAAGCAGCAGCCUCCGAUAUCAAUAGAGUCCACGACGAAAGGCUAGUGAUCGAAGAUGGUGCCGACCUGUUGCAGAGCAAGCCUUCAGUUAUCGUUCUUCGUGAGGAUCUCGACUACUAUUGUAUCCCGCCCGUCCAAGGAAUGAGCAAAGAACAGAUGAUUCAAGUCAAAAUAGAAGUUGGACAUUCACUAGUCAAUGAGGCACACAUAUUUAAGGGUCUUGGCCAUCAACAGAAUAAGACUUUGGGUCCUGCUGAGCAGCACCUUGCGGAUAUGCUGUGCUCAUCGGGAUUCGUUGCUGACGGUUGCUGGGGCCACCGGUCUUUAGAACCUGAUAAGACAGUUGUGUUCUCCCUAGCAUUGGUGCGAUUGAAGCCAGACAGCCCUGAAGAUACUACCAACACCAAGAAAUCUAAAUUCAACACAUUGCAAUACCGUAACUCCCGAAAAAAGGCCAAAGAAAACACUACAGCCACAAAACUUCUGCUAUUUUGGAGGAAGCCAGCUCGUAAAUGUUGGUGGGCCAGUGAAAUGAUCAAAACCGAUCUCUCAAGACUUAAUUUGAAAGACAGCAAUGGAAAUCCCAUUUCAACGGUGGAAAUUAAAGUUCACAUUAGAAGAGUUUGGACUUUGGAGUUGUCAGUGAUUGGAGUGCAAUAA